AUGGUUCUGACGUUCCAGCAUCCCAGACGUUUACAGCCCACUUGUCAGGAAGAGUCCCUUAGCUUCAUGCACCCAAUGAAGCAGACAGGCUGUGGCGGAACAGCACCUAAUUGGCUGGGGGCUGCCCAGCUUGAGGCGGGCGUGAAGCUGGAGUUUCCUCUCCAGGGCACAAGAGGCCUGGGCAAAGUUGCUGACGUUGUCAGCAACCUUGGAAAACCAAUACAUUUGGCGUCAGUUCGGCUGCAGGACAUGCCAGAACAGCCAAAUUCCAUCCUUCGCCUGCGCUUCAAUCACUUUGCCACAGAGUGCAGCUGGGACCACCUCUACGUCUAUGACGGAGACUCCAUAUAUGCCCCGCUGCUGGCUGCCCUCCGCGGUCUGAUCAUUGCUGAGAGCUACGGGAACGAAACGGUACCCGAAGUGGUGUCGCAGUCCGGAUACGCUUUGCUGCACUUUUUUACCGACGCCGCCUACAACCUGACUGGAUUCAACAUCUCAUACAGGGUGAACACAUGUCCUAACAACUGUUCCGGCAGUGGAGAGUGCCGCCUGUCCAACGACACGGGGAAGCCCUACUGUGACUGUCAGGACAAGUGGAAAGGGGACGCCUGUGACGUUCCUUAUUGCCUGGACGACUGCGGGUACCCUGAGAGAGGACGCUGCAGGGAUAAGACAUGCGUCUGCGGGGUGGGCUGGCAAGGUCCAGACUGCUCCGUCUCUGUCCCCGCCGACUCGGCCUUCUGGAGCCGCGAGGCGUUCAGCGAUCCCGGCCUCGCCAGGGCGUCCCACAAGGCAGUGGUGGAGCAGGAUGUCAUGUGGGUCAUCGGAGGCUACGUCUUCAACGCCUCCGACUACCACAUGGUCAAAGCGUACAACCUAAGCAGCAAAACCUGGAUGACCCUUGACCCCUCUGUCAACACGGUCACGCCACGAUAUGGACACUCUUUGGCCCUCCAGGAGGGUAAGAUCUACAUGUACGGAGGCAAAAUCGAUUCCACUGGAAACGUGUCCAGCCAGCUGUGGGUUUUUCACGUCCAGAACCAAACGUGGGUUCUUUUGAGCCCCCGCAGCAAGGAGCAGUACGCCGUGGUGGGACACUCAGCUCACGUGGUGCCGCCCCAGCAAGACGGGGAGGCCCCCGUGAUGCUUGUGCUGUUUGGACACUGUCCUCUCUACGGGUACAUGAGCCUGGUGCAGGAGUACAACAUCAACAAGAACACGUGGAGUGUGGCAACCACGGAGGGGGCGCUGAUCCAGGGGGGCUACGGACACAGCAGCGUGUUGGACGCGUCCACCAGAGCCAUCUACGUCCACGGAGGCUACAAGGCCUUCAGCGCAAACAAGUACGGCCUGGCGGGAGACCUCUACAAGCUGGACGUGGACACCAGGAAGUGGACCAUCCUGAGGGACAGCGGCUUCUUCCGCUACCUCCACACGGCUGUGAUGGUGAGUGGCGCCAUGCUGGUGUUUGGAGGCAACACGCACAAUGACACGUCCAUGAGUCACGGCGCCGAGUGCUUCUCCUCGGACUUCCUGGCCUACAGCCUCGCGUGUGACGACUGGACGCUGCUGCCCCGACCGGAACUUUACCACGAUGUCAACCGCUUCGGACACUCGGCGGUGGCCAGCAACAGAUUCGUGUAGGCUCCCUCCCGUUGAGUGGGUCAAGCUCAAGGUCAUCAAACGCAAGUGGACGGAGCCCAGGUGGACUGGUGCCUUCAAGGUCGUGGAACGGACGUCUCACGCCCUUCGACUAGCUGGUAAAGGGGACACCUGGUACCACCUCUCCCUCUGCACUCCUGCUGAAGAACCUGACAGAUCACCAGCGGAUGUCAUUGCUGACAUCGCCACAUCAUCCGCCCCACUCGAUCCCCUAGCCACAUCAUCUGCCCCACUCGACCCCCUAGCAGCGCCUUUUGAGCCUGAGGCAUCUGAAGAAGAACGGGAGCAGAAAACGACUAAUUUUUAGUGUGUGUGUUAACGAAGUAACACACUGAAGGGGGUGAUUGUGCUAGUAACCUCUCCCCCUCUAGGUCAUAGAAGAGCGAGGCUUUAAUUACACACACAUAAUCCUACAGCCCAGAAGACGACGCUGAGAGAGAGAUUUUCUACCUAUAUUACUCUUUUCAACUUCUACAUUGUAUAUCCUUAUUUGAGACCAGCCUUUAUACUCGAAGUUAUCCAAUUUCUCUUGCUUGUUUUCAGCAUAACUAUCUGUGUCGUUACAUUUUGCUUGUUUUCAGCAUAACUAUCUGUGUCGUUAUAUUAAGUGAAAAGUUUGAUGUUUAUCCCCGUUUCGUUACCUGAAUUACUCUGAUUUUGAUAGACGAAAGGCAGGAUGUUACACCCAGUAGUAUUCCCUGACGGACUGGUGUUUGGGCUUGUUCUACUGUCCUUGUGCCUCAGUCCUUCCUUCCCGAUGACAGUGACUGACAAGUGUCUUAGAACAUACGGCGGACUUGAAAUAGACUGGGUCAAGGAGGACAGCAAGACUUACUUUUUUGACCUGUGCAGUGUGAUUAAUUGCGGGGGAAAAAAUAGUUCUUACUGUGGUAUUAACCUCUAUCUUUGUUACGACUCAAAACUGAACCAUUGGUGUCGAAAGCAGACAACAUACUCUAGUGGGUGGUGCCCCUCGUGGACGCAGGUAACCCACUACACAGGGCCCUUGGAUUACCAUGACCCGUAUUAUUCCAAAAUACCUCCACAAUUCAAAGUUAUUCUGAGAGGGAUGACCUUUCAGAGGAAUUUUGAUCGUUCCCAGAACCCCCUUGCCCUUAGAAUUACCAGUGCGGGUGUUAUGCCUUAGUCCCUUUUAUGUUGUUUUGGGGGUUGACCAGACUGGUACAGACC